AGCACUAAUCAAAACCUAUCCAAUACGUUUCCAGUGGACUAACCCCAUAUUAAAACCCCCGCCGCCAUUAAACCUCCGGCAAAGCUCCAGGGAUUCAUUUUCUCAUAAAUGAUGGUUGUUGCUAAAGUCCCAAUAGAUAUCUCGGCAACUUGUCAGCAGAAACAACUUGAGUUAUUGUUUUUAUCCAGCAGUACGAAGAGGAGUAUUAGUAUUACAAAAACAUUUUUCAGAAGGCGAAAGUGUUUGAUUACUAUGUGCUCGACCUCACAUAUGCCUCAUAUCGAGUCCCUUGAGCAUAUCAAUUCAGUUCAAUCACGAAGUAGUGGCCUUCCUAUUAUGGUAAAUGGUUCAACUGGCAAAAUGGGAGGAGCAGUUCUUGAAGCAGCUGUCUCUGCUGGACUUAAUCCAGUUCCUGUGUCCUUCGGUGGUCCAGAAGAAUCUGGCAAAAUUGUGCAAGUGGGAGGGAAGGAAAUCAAAUUGCAUGGCCCCUCUGAAAGAGAGAGCAUUUUGUCUUCUGUCUAUGCAGAAUAUCCGAAUCUAAUUGUAAUAGACUACACUGCGCCUGCUGCUGUAAAUGAAAAUGCCGAAUUGUAUGCUAAGGUUGGAGUGCCAUUUGUCAUGGGGACUACUGGUGGAGACAGAGAAAGGCUAUAUAAAUCUGUAGCAGAUGCUAAUAUCUAUGCUGUAAUCUCCCCUCAAAUGGGAAAGCAGGUGGUAGCAUUUCUUGCAGCCAUGGAAAUCAUGGCAGAACAAUUUCCUGGAGCCUUUUCGGGUUAUAAGCUGCAGGUAAUGGAGUCACAUCAAGCUAGCAAGUUGGACACUUCUGGAACGGCCAAGGCUGUUAUCUCAUGCUUUCAGAAGCUAGGCGUCUCCUUUGAAUUAGAUCAGAUACAACAAAUACGAGAUCCCAAGUUGCAAAUGGAGAUGGUAGGUGUUCCAGAAGAGUAUUUAGCUGGACAUGCAUUCCAUAUGUACCAUCUAACAUCACCAGAUGACACUGUUUCAUUUGAGUUUCAGCAUAAUGUUUGUGGAAGAUCAAUUUAUGCAGAAGGUACUGUUGAUGCUGUUCUUUUUCUUGCAAAAAAGGUUCAGUCAAAAGCAGACAAGCGAAUCUAUGACAUGAUUGAUGUCUUGCGGGAGGGUAACAUGAGGUGAGACCUGCAUUAGACUUCUUCUAGUUGUAAUUCAGGGAACUUCAGCAUUAGUUUCUAGUAAUUAGCUUUAACAGGCUUCAGUCAGGCAAUUUUCUCUUUCUUGCCAGCCGUUUGUGCAAUUGUUGGUAUCUUGUGAUGCUGAAAAUGUUUUGUAGCACCUGACAAUGUCUGGUUUCCUCAAGAAAUGCAAAGAGAGUUUAAUAACUUAUAACAUUA